UGUUGUUGUUGUUGUUGUUGUAGGGUAUUCUGGCCGUAUUCUACAUUAUCCCAGCAGACAUCAACACCCUGAUCAACUACUUCAGUUUCGCCCAGUGGGCUUUCUACGGCCUCACAGCUCUCGCUCUCAUCGUCAUGCGCUUCACCAGGAAGGAACUCAAGAGGCCCGUCAAGUGUCCCAUUCCCAUAGCAGUGCUGGUGGUGAUAGUGUCCUGCUACCUGUCCCUAGCACCGAUCAUAGACAAGCCAGAGCUGGAGUAUCUGUACUGUACCAUCUUCAUCCUCAGCGGUCUGCUGCUCUACUUCCCCUUCGUUCACCGCAGGUUCAGCUGGACACGCAGGGUCAUGAGGCCAAUCACCAUGCACCUCCAGCUGCUGAUGGAGGUCGUUCCUCCUGAGAAAAACGAAUAGAGGAAGAUAAUAAACAGCCUAAACUGACUGAUGUGGACAAAUGUAUUUGUGCAUCCCAAAUGUUACCCUUUUCCCUAUGUGGUGCACUACCCCAUAGGCCCUAGUCAAAGGUAGUGCACUACUUAGGGAAUAGGGUGCCAAUUGAACACAAAUUUAGAAAUGAAGGUUCUGUACUGUCUCAUAAUGAAGGUUCUGUCCUGUCUCAUAAUGAACCUUCUGUACUGUCUCAUAAUGAACCUUCUGUACUGUCUCAUAAUGAAGGUUCUGUACUGUCUCAUAAUGAAGGUUCUGUACUGUGUCAUAAUGAAUGUUCUGUACUGUCUCAUAAUGAACCUUCUGUACUGUCUCAUAAUGAAUGUUCUGUCCUGUCUCAUAAUGAAUGUUCUGUACUGUCUCAUAAUGAAUGUUCUGUACUGUCUCAUAAUGAAUGUUCUGUCCUGUCUCAUAAUGAAUGUUCUGUACUGUGUCAUAAUGAAUGUUCUGUACUGUCUCAUAAUGAAUGUUCUGUCCUGUCUCAUAAUGAAUGUUCUGUACUGUGUCAUAAUGAAUGUUCUGUACUGUGUCAUAAUGAACUAAUUGACUAGAUAUAGGAGGUCAAUGGCUGCAUCUCAACUCACACACUAUGGUCCCAUUGGUCUGUGUCUCAAAUCACACCCUAUGCCCUAGGGAACGGGGCACCAUCUCAAAUCACACCCUAUGCCCUAGGGAACGGGGCGCCAUUGGAUGCUUCUCAAAUCACACCCUAUACCCUAGGGAA